GCAGAUGCCACGCCACCCUUUCCACUGCGUAACCGGACUGCUUGACAGACUGAUCCAGCCAACACAGCCAUUCCAGCGCCGCUGACUCACGUAUACACUCGCUCCCGGUUCAUUUCCGCACCCACGCGCGAUAUAUACCGCGCUGUUUUAUCUAUACAGCACACAACAACUCCCACACGGCUGCGCGGAUAUUCAUCGGCUGUCACGACAAUUGCUCAUUUACGCGCAGCACUAAGCGCAAGCAAUAUUUAUUUCCUUUCCCGCACGCUACGCGCCUUUCUUCAGCAGACUAAUUGCAGCGAUGAGACGGCGUGCUAAGCUCGCUUUUCUCGGAACGCGGGAUGUAGCGGUGGAUUGUUGAUGAACGUUCGCCACGAUGGAUGUUAUUUACCGGCUGUGGAUUGUGUGGCUCUGCGGCGUCCGGGCGCUGGACACGGAGCCGGUAUUCGAGGCGGCCUUUCAAGGGCAAUGCGAGGACGUCAGCAAUCCAUGCGAGCACGUCUGCACCAACCACAGUCCGCGCACGUACGAAUGCUCCUGCCGCGACGGAUUCCAGCUGGCGCACAACGGCUACGCUUGUCUCGAUCUCGUCAGUCAGGCGGAUACGCCGUCCGCCAGCUCAUUGCGCAAUAGCCUCCCGAUUCCGGAUUCCCUCCACGUUGACGCUGCGCCCGCGCCGGCCAGCAGCAGCAGCUCCCCCUGUGCCAGUAUUGUGUGUGUGGCCGGCGGCGUGUGCGCCGUUGACCGGGUCCACGGCUACCGGUGUCUGUGUCCGUUGGGCCGCGCCGGACAACACUGCGAGCAACAUGUGGUUAUAAAUAAGCCGCGUUUUACCGGCGACUCCUACGCCGUCCUCCCGCUGUCGACCGACUGGGACUACCGGCUGGAUCUGCGGCUGCAGCUGCGGGCGGCCACGGAGAACGGGCUCAUCUUCUACUCGGGCGAGACGCUGCUGGCCGAUCGGAAUUUUAUCCUUCUUGAAUUAGUGGAGGGAUACGUGACGCUGCGGAUGCGUAUGCGACAGCAGUCGGUCAAUUUGCAGAGCCGUUUUAAAGUACCGUUGGGCGACAGUGUGCCGGUACAUGUCGGCCGUCGGAAGAACCUCUUCUUCCUGCGAGUAUCCAACGAGAACAAGAUUGCCACCGUCGUACAGGAAUUACUGGAUGAACGGCUGAAAGCCACGGAGAACAUUUACCUGGGCGGGCUGCCCGAUAUGGACGGGCUGCCGCACGACGCUCUGGUGUCGCGCAGCGGCUUUGUGGGCUGCCUGCUCAGUCUGGAGAGCAACGGGAAGACCUUUCCGUUGGAGCCGCUGCCCUACGGUACCAUCAUUGCCGGCAUCAACCUUGAACGCUGCAUAACGGACGCCUGCGAUGGUGUGCAGUGUCUACACGACGGCCAGUGCAUCGCGGACGAAGACAACAGUCCCCGGUGCGACUGCGUAGUGCCGUACGUGGGCGCCCGUUGCGAAAUCGAUUUGGACAGCCAACUGCCCAUGUUCAACGGGACAUCCUACCUGUUGUACGAUCUCUCCCGCAACAUCUCUCUGGAGGCCUCCACAGAACUGCGCGUCUCCUUCCGGCCAGCGGAUGUGGAGAGCGGCGUACUGCUGCACAUGGGGCGGCAGCGGCGCAGCGCCUUCUCCGACGCAUUACAAAUCCGUCUAGCCGCGGGCCACCUGCAGGUGGCGGUGGAUCUCGGCGAGGGAUACUCUUUAGCGCGAACACAAACGCCACUGCAGCCCGGAGUGUGGUACACAGUCAGCGUCCUGCGCAGCGGCCGCUACCUGCAGUUAAUCGUGGAGAGUGGCGGGGACGGGGCCGACCGGCAGGAAAUAUUGUACAACGGGGCUUUCUCACGGCUGACACUGUCAAGUAACGCCUUUUACAUCGGCGGACUGGAUUAUGACGAUGUGGGCGGGGAUGACGCGCAGCCGUCCUUCCACGGAUGCAUCGAUCUCGACCAGAGUGAAUUCAUGGGAGUGAAAUUAAAGCUGUCCAAAGCGCGCGCCGCUGUUAACCUCCACACUUGCCGCUCCGUGAAUUCCCCGUGAUCCCCGCCAUUCCAUGUCCACAGAAAACAUUCCACGAGUGUUCGCGAUUAAUGCGGCACGCCAAGUUGUUCUUUUUCUUGUUCUGCAAAAGGAUUUUGCACUUGUACAGAGAGAGUUCUAUUGCUUCUUUUUACAGUAAACGCUGCGUAUAGGUUGUUAAGUGGUGGCUGUAUCCGCCUUCUGUAACGUGCUCUUCUUGUCCGUGCGUAAAACUUUCGCGAUAAUAUUAAUUAUUCACCGAUGAAGUUGUUUAAUAAUUACGCGUAUUUAAUAAAUACAG